AUGGAAGGACCCAACGGGGAAAUCGAGUGGGAGAGAGAGCGACUAGGUCCAGAGUUAAUGGACGGGACUCCUUUCCUGAGCCCUCAUCAGCAUCCUCUUUGGAAGGGUUUCAUGGAUACCCAUGAGAUAACUGCUCAAAGAUUUCCCCCUUCCAACCGAACUCUGAUUUUGGAGCAGUACAAAGUCCUCGAGCGUUUAACAGAAGAGACGGGAGAAUCCUCUACUCCGUAUAAGGCGGAAAAGGCUAAGCACAUAGAGGUGAAUCUUCAUGAGCCGACUUACUAUUGCAACGGACGGCCUCAAAUUGACAUGCCUGAUAGGAUGAGAGAUGUAUUUCUUGAGUAUGAAUGGAAAGUUCCGAUGACAAUGGAGGAGGAUAAUGCUCUGGUGAAAGAAAUUAAACAUCUAAAGGGGGAGGAGCGCAGGUUGAAAGGUGUCAUUAAAGUGUUGGAGGAAGAUAAGGAAGCGAUGCAGGUUCAAUGGAAUGAGAUACGAGUUCUUCGAAGAACUAUUGAUGAUUAUCUGGACGAUUCUCAGCACAUACUGAAACAUGGCCCUUCACCUGCUCAGACGCAACCGGCAGCAAAGAAACUGAAAGCAGAAAAAUCUUUCGAGCAGACAAGCGUUGCCACAACUCCAAAUAUUUCUCCCGCUGAUAGGAGUAGAUCCCUCUUGGCCAUGGUACUUGAGCGGGGCCUAUCAGCUGCCGGGGAGAAACCAUUACAUUUGUCCUCUGGUCUGCUGACCAAGGGUGCCCCGGAGAAGCGUCUUAAGGCACGGGUCGCAUUUAAGGCAGGAGUGAAUCCAAAGCAAAGUAAAUCCUUGAUUACUGACUCGAGGCAUUCUGUCACAAAUACGCCGAUUGGUUCUUCUCCUCCCAAGUCUUCAGGAAAAGCAAGACAAUUUGUUUUUGGACAGCCUGAUUUCACAGGGACAAUGGCUUUGUCCCAUAAACUUCACCCUCACCUCUACUCUCUCGCUAGAAAGUCUAAAUACUUUGCGUUGAUGAAAUUUGGUGUUGUCCCUCCCAAACGUGGUAUUGUAACUUCACCGGAAUAUUCUCAAACUGAGAGGUUCUUCACCCUGAUCCUUUGGUAG